CCUGUUGUGAGUUACACUAUAUAAAGACCAUUCGUUGCACAAUAAGAUAUAGAAGAGACGUAGCAUCAGUUCUUCGUUUGGUUACUCUGUAUGGUAAAGUAGAUUAGCUUCACCAGGCAAUACGGGAAUCAAGGUUUAGGAGAAAGUUUAUCAGCUGUACAAGAUUUAAAAAUGAGUUUACCCGGAUAUAAUGGAGGAAGUUUGGAGAAGUUUAUUGAUGAUGUUGUUAGACCCCCUAGUGGAUUUUUAGCUGAUUUGCACGGGGCUGUUGAUAUAAUUGUCAGAAGACUACACCUACUGCCAGGAAACAGUGUACAAAAGAUAGUACAGACUGGUUCUCUUGGUAAAGGCACCGCCGUUCAACAAAGUUGCGAUGCAGAUCUGGUACUGUUUUUGAAUGGUUACGACAGCAUGGAGGAGUUCCUGACGAGAAGACAAAGAAUAUUGGCCGAUAUCGAGAAAUGGUUACAACAGCCAGCGGAUCAGAUUACGAGAAUGACAAUAAAGCGCAGAACCCAGUAUAAUCUAACUUACAACUGUGAGGUAAGAUACAGAGGAAAGACUGUAAAACUGGAGAUGGAUAUACUUCCGGCUAUUGACGUCUUCAGGAGCAAAAGUGGUGGGGAACGACCAAUUCGACAAGUUUAUGAAGAAAUGAAGUCUAAGCCCGAGAAUGUCAGAUCGAACUAUUCUGUCAGUUUCUGUGAAAAGCAAAAAGCGAUUUUUAGAUCUGAAAACUCUAAAGUCAAGGAUCUUAUCCGUCUCCUGAAAUACUGGAAAAUGAAAAACAGCAGAUCCGAAUGGAAGCUGUCCUCCUAUUGUUGUGAGGUAAUCGGUGUUUAUGUAUAUUGUGAAAAACUGAACAAAAAGACGAAUUUUAAGAUGAUUGAUGGAUUUCGACUGGCACUUGAGAUGUUGAGUAAAUUCGAUAAUAAACGACUGACUUUUUCAAACUAUUACGACCCUAAUGAAACCGAAUGGGUGAACUUGUUUCCAAUGACCGCAACCUAUAUUAUGGACCCAGCAAACCCCUUCUCAAAUACUGGACCCAGGGAGAAUGAGAUUCGAAAAAUAAAACGGUGUGCGGCUGAAACUUUGGCUUCACUACCACAGUUCCAAUACACCUUUUAACCAGUGCGCAAGUAAACUGUCCAGCAGAUGAAUUUGAAAACACGAGAAACAGCAGGAAGUGGACUUACCACACUAAAAAAAUUUCUACGAUUGAAAAUCGUACCAGAUGUACAUUAUCUAUUAAAAUGUUUUCCUUCCGA